GGAAUGGUCUUGUCUGGUUGUUGGAGGUUGCAGGAGGAGAUUUUUCACAGCAAAGAAAGAUGAUGUUGAUUGAUCAUUACAAAUUAGUUUUCACCACAAUCCAACUUUACACAGUUUUUUGAUGAGAGACAGAGAAUAGAGCAACAACAAACCGACCAUGGCCAACCGCAGUACCAUCUUCGCCUCGGAAGAUCUCUCAUUGCCUCGCCAUGGCAACAGACCGACCAUGGCUAACCACAGUUCCAUCUUCGCGUCGGAAGAGCUCUCGUUGCCUCGACACGGCAAUUUUCUUUCUUCUUCCGUCACCAGCAAUCCAUGGGACGAUCAGGAUGUCCAGCGCACCCAAACCCGUAAUCAGCGCCCAGCCAGGCAGAAGAGUAUAAUUGACAAAGACAGGGUUACCAUUGUGAAUCCCAGCACCGCCAUGUCUCAUAGAGUCAACACCAAGUUGGGGCAAUUUUGUACGGAGAAGCUUUUACAGUGCAAACGACGCCUCACCAAGUUGUACGGUCGUCAACGAGAGAUUCGACUCUUGGAAACCGAGUUGAACCAGAUUUGCAACAAGACCAACUGCCACCACCGCUCGCUCUGUUUGAUUCGUGGACUCAGUGGGGAAGGCAAGACAGCCUUGGCCCUGUCACUCAAGGAUCCUGCCGAACGUCAAGGCGCCUUUUUUGUACAGGGCAAGUUUGACUUGGCACAGAUUGGAGAACCCUAUUCUGGAAUCAAGGCGGCCAUGCGACAGUUGUGCCGGGAAAUCUCCCAAUUGCCACGACGCAAGUUAUCCGAUCAAAGCAAAAAGCCAACUCUGGAAGAUCUCCAAGAAGCCGUAGCAGAGCAGUUGGACUGGGAAAUGGACCUCCUCUGCCAGGUUGUGCCGGAAUUGGAGGUACUCCUUAAACCAAAAGCAGGAGCAGCAGAAACCACCAAGAGCCCUGGUCCAAUUCAAAAACUAUUUUUAAAAGUUUCCGAGACAACAAGUCAACAACAACGACCGUCAGGGCAGAGUUUCGGCAGUUUCGGUUCCAAAAAGACACCAAUCAAGGCAGGAUUCCGACGACAAAAGGCAGUGCACGCAGCAGAUGCAACUACCACGAUCAACAAUUACAAUGCCAAAUCGGCUGGGGAUCGUCUCCAGUUUGCCAUGCGGCAGUUGAUUCGAUUGAUAACAGGGUUUGUGCCAUUGGUACUCCUCUGUGAUGAUGCACAAUUUAGUGACACGGCCAGUCUCUCCAUUCUCAAGGGAUGGAUUACCGAUGAUACCAUUCCAUCCCUUUUGAUGAUUUGGACCUACCGAAGCAACAUGGUCAAUGACAAUCAUUUCGUCACAAAAACGCUCCAGGAAAUCCAAGAAGUCAAAGACGAAAAGAAGAUUGCCAUUCAUGAGAUUGCCAUCGGAGAACUGCAUCAGGGAGAUGUCAAUGCCAUGAUUGCCGACAUUUUGGAUAUGCCACCUGAACAGGUCAAAGAACUCACCGACACUAUUCAUCACAGAACCCAUGGAAAUGUGUUCUUUGUGAUGCAGUACCUCCUGUCCUUGGCACAAAAGGGACUGCUCAAUUACAACAUGGGUUGUUGUCAAUGGAACUGGAAUCUACAAGAUAUUCGGUUUGGAUCCACGGCCACUGACAAUGUGGUCGAUCUCAUGAGGGAAAAGUUGGAACAGUCGCCCACUGCUCGGAGGCUCCUUCCCUUGGCGGCAUGCAUCGGUACCACGUUUGAUGCCCAAGUGUUGCAGGCUGUCAUGAUGGCUGCAGAUGACCACCCAAUUUUUUUGGAUGUAUUGGGAAGUGACUUUGUUUUGGUAAGCAACUUUGGGGUUGAUAUUGACAACCAACUCCAUCAGCUUGAAAGUGAGGGAUUCAUUGAAGCCUCCUCGAAAACGACCUUUUCGUUUUUACAUGACAAGGUUCUCGAAGGAAGCAUUUCGCUGAUUCCAGAGGCAAAACUUGAUUAUCUAAAGUACACCAUGGGGUAUAUUCUCCUGGAGAACAGGGAGAGUCUUGAAGCCCUAGGAGUGGAACAGUUGACCUUUCUCCUGGUCAAUCUCAUCAAUCCGAAAAUGGAGCGACUACCAGACGAGAAACGAAUGGAGAUGUUUGAGUUGAACUGGGCAGCUGCUGAAGAGGCUUACAUUGCUGCAGCCUUUCGGCGUUCAGCUGUGUAUUACAAGGCUGCCAUCUCCCUGCUUCCUGAACGUCAUUGGGAGACCAUGUACGACGAGAGUCUCUAUCUGUACACGUCCGCAGCGGAGUCUGAGAUGUGCUUGGGCAACUACGAUCAAAUGAAGGCCUACAGCAAUGUUGUGCUGGCAUUGGACUGUCCCAUUCAGGAUAAGAUUCAUGUGUACCGAAUCAUCAUGGACGCACAUAUGGCAAAGGCUGAAGUUCAGGAAGCCUUGAAUGAAAGCUUGAGUGUCCUGGAAAGUUUGAAGUUUCACGUUCCCAAGACUAUGCUUGGUCCGCGGACUUUGUCGGCCAUCGCCAACAUUAAGCUCCACAAGAAAAAGUGGAAGCCGGAUUCCUUGCGAAGACUGCCAGUGAGCACGGAUCCUGUGGAUGAAGCCAUCUCCAAAUUGCAUGACACUCUGAUUAUGUUUUCCAUGAUUGCCUGGCCUGAGGCAUGGCCGCUCUGUAUUAUCAUGGCAUGCCGCCAUGUCAUCGAUCGUGGGCUGACACGAUAUUCUGCCGUUCCGUUUGCAUGGAUGACCAUGAUCAUUCAAAAUGUGUUUAUGGACUUCCAGUGGGCCAAAGAACACGCUGAGGUGACCUGCUCUCUCAUGGACAAGUUUCAAAACCCAGAGAUCGAAUCGAGAAUUUCCAUGGUGCUCAACAUUUUCACCAUUCACUGGUCCGCACCAAUUCAGCAGUCUGGCAAGGCAUUGACGAUUGGGUACAAGAGAGGGAUGGAGUGCUGUGACUUGGACAGUGCUUUCUGGAAUGCCCAAUUUAUCAAUGAGUCGGCACUGUAUUCUGGGACCAACCUUGCGUUGAUCGAAAAGGAUGUGGAAUCCUACACCAAGAAUGAGAUGGACUACAAAAUGUUCAAGCAUGCAGACUGUUUGAAGAGCGUCUGGCAGUUAGUUUUAAACCUCCGUGGCUGUUCAUCUAACACGACAAUCCUGACUGGUACAGCUCACGACGAAGAAGCGGCAUUGAAGAUGCUAGACACCUCAAAUGAUCUUCAUCACCUCUCCCAUUUGCAAAAGGAUAGACUGUUUGCAGCUGCCUUCUUUGGUGAUUUCGAAAUGGCGGCGGACCUUGGUUUGUCCGCCAUUGAUAUGAUUUGCAAGGUUCUCACAGGUCAGUAUUCUACCCUUGUGGCACGGUUUAUUGUGGGUGUCGGCUGCUAUGAAAUGGCCCGACAACGGCCGAAACGAAAGAAGGAAUACAUUCGAGCAGCCACAAAGCAACGAAAGCAAAUUCGGCAAUGGUUUUCUAUGGGAUGCCCAGGGGCUCAACACUAUGCCCUCUUUUUGGAUGCAGAGCAUGCCGCCAGCAAAGAAAAGGUGGAGGAUGCCAUUCAGUUUUAUCAGCGCACCAUUACACUGGCAGGUAGGACAGGGUACCUGCAUGACCGGUCUCUUGCUUGUGAGAGACUAGCAACUUUGUAUCUGAGAAUGGACGACAUGGCCAGUGCCAAGGCUCGUCUCAUCGAAGCACGAGACCUUUCGGAGGAGUGGGGUGCAAUGAAACGAGUUGAACUUCUCGACAACAAAUUGAAGUCUCUCUUCUAA